GGCGCGUCUAGAGGCGGGGCUUGAGGCGGAAGCCGCGUCCGCACGCGCGGUGCGGAGCAGGUUCCAGAGAUGCUGCUUGCGGGGUGGUUGCGGCUGGGUGCUGCGCUCUGCAGCCUCCUGCUGGGGCAGGCCGAGGCCCCGGACCCCGGGGUGCCGCCGGAGCGGAGCCGGCCCUACGCGGUGCUGCGUGGGCAGAACCUGGUGCUGAUGGGAACCAUUUUUAGCUUCCUGCUGGUGACCAUCAUCCUGAUGGCAUUUUGUGUCUACAAGCCCAUUCGUCGUCGGUGACAGCCCCAGAAGAUCACGCGGCUUCAAGUUUCUGGGACAGCAUGAGUUGCGUUGCCUGUGAGCCACUGGAGAUGAUGGAAUCAGAACUUGUAGGAAGUGACCCCUGACCUGGACAGGGCUUAGAAAAGCAUCUAGCAGUGAUUGUGUCCUAACAUCAGUUAUUGGCUGCCGAGUCGGCAUCUCGGUGCUUUUGUUUGGCUGUGCUGGCUAAAAGUCAAGGCUGAAGCUCCAAGCCUCCUUUAAAGACAUGUCUUUUGCCAAGUGUCCAGAAGAGCUGCGCUGGAGAGGACUAAUCACUAAUUCUUGAAAUAAGGAAGAGGAAGACUAAACAUGUAGACAUCCCCUGCUCUCAAUCAUUCUGUCAUGGUGUGUUACAUGGGGCAGUAAGAUGGCUCAGCAGGUAGAGGGGCUUGCACCCAAACCUGAUAACCUGAGUUUGAUUCUUGGAACUCAUCUGGAAGGAGAGAACUGACUCCCAUGGGUUGUUCUUUGACCUCCACACACGAAUAAGUAAAUAUACAAACAAAGACUACGUUUCCUUUCUACUGAGGUGCCCUAGGAUACCCUGGUUGAAAAGCCAGUGUUCAUCGUGGAGAACUUAGGCCAUCAUUCCUUGCCUUCAUUGGUUCUGGACUUGAAUGGCCACAAUUGGGCCGGAAUUGUAUCCUAGGUCUGUAGUCACGUGCCCCCCCUGGCCUGUCAGACAUAUUGAUGUCCCUCUCACCCAUGGCCUAAAGCUUCUGUAACUUUCCAGAUGGGAGCAUGAGAGACUUAGCUCUCCCUCUUCUCCCAGGGUGUAGAGGGGUCAACUUGGUGUCCACUGUGCAGGCUGCUGUUUGCAGGACUCUCGGCUUUUCAAGUGCUGCUACUGAACUUGAGUUCUCCUACUGAUACUUCUCAUAGUUAUAGAGUGGUUAUUAGUAUUUAUUAUGCUAGAUUUAAUUUUGUCAAAUUGUUGUAAUCUUAGUCUCAUGCUCCCCACAGCACAGCACUGGUCUGUGUUAUCGUCUGACAAGGUGUGCUCGGUGUGAACUGAGGAGGAGCACUGCUUGGUGUGAACUAACUGAGGAGGAGCGCUGCAACUGUUGGGGUCUUUUCUGCAAACGUGUAACACCGAGCCAUUAAAUAACAAAGUUAAAGGAA